AUGCGUAGAACCCUACGGGGAUCAGCUCAGAAGCGCCUUUGCCUUGGGACCUGUGUACAAACCCCGCUGCCGCCGCUGCUCCCGUGUCUCCCUCCUUUCAGCCUCCUACGCUCCCUUCUAUGUCACUGCCUCUCUCUGGGAAAAUGGCGUCCGCUCUCCCCUCCCUCCUCCUGCACGGGGCUCACCAGCCCCGCCUGGCAGGGGCAGGGUUACCAAGGCGAAGCCAAAUCGCCGCCAUUUUGCUUAUGGGCUUGGAGCGCAGACUGUGCCCGCCGAGCCCUCAGUGUCCAUUUUGCAACCGCGCUUUGCAUGUUACGCUGGGCGUCCCGAACAGUCUGGGCGCGGCCGAGACACCAGACUGCGGCAGGGGCUGGGCAGGGGGGCUGUGAGGAGGGAAGCAGGGUAGGGGAGGAGGGGCGGCUGCAGCUGGGGCUGGUGCCGGGGGCGAUCCGCAGCCCCGGAGGCGCAGACGGUGGGGGUGGGGCGCGGGCUCUGUCCCAGGCUGUUGUGGGACCGAACGAGGGCGGGAGAACGUCUGACUCAGAACUGCGCGCUCUGAAGCACAAACGCCAGAGCUCCCUCCUCGCCUGCUCCCCCUCCCCACCUCCAGCUUCUUCCUCACGACCGUCGUUGCUCUCAGCGUACCAAUCCUUCAUGAGUCUCAACCUGAGGAGUAACAAAGGCGCUUUGGCUGGGGCUGCUCGCUCGGGUUCUGCCUGUUGUUGCGCGAAAUGGCGGCUGCCGUCUUGGUACACUGAACCAGACUGCUCCAUAUCAGAUUUCAAAGAGAACUACACUGAUGAACUGGGUCUGCUGUGAGCACUGGCCAUGUUGUCUCCUGUUUCUCAUCUUUUAGCAAUUACUUACCCUGGAGGGACCUUCCUUCUUAAGCCAUGGCUGCUUGGUUUCUUUAGAAUUUAGUCUUGGUGAGGAAGAUGAUUGAAAGCUUUCUGGAAACUUAGUAUAUACUUACCAACCAACCCAUCAGCAUCCCUGUGGCUGCUAAGCUCUUUCAAGGAGUCUGAUAGUGCUCAACGCAGAUUUCUAUUUACAAAAAACAAACAUCUGGGCUCUUCCAAAGUGUAUCAUAUUUGUCUUUUUUAUAUUCCUUAUAGACUCUACUGCUUGCUCAGUAGUAGGAGUAGUAGUUGUUUUGUCCAGAAUUGCAGCUCUGCUGAUAAUGGUGUGACUUCGGCAAUGUGACAACAUUUUUUUAAUACUUCUCUACAUUCUCUGCAGAAUGUCACAAGAAUGCCACAGCGUGAUGAGUCUGUAAAGGGCAAAUAAUGUCAGUGAAGUAUUUCCAAACAAACAAAAUGCUGUGGAAAUGCAGAGAAUUAAGGUUGCUAUGUAAUUUUAAUAGGAGUUAUCACUUGGCAACACUGAGUACCACAAAAUGGAUCAAAUGAGGGGUUUGUACAUACUUCAGAGUUACUAAGAGUUAUGUGCCUGUGCCUCUACCUGACAGCAUACUUGAAUUUGACCCUGUAAAGACCAGAAGUUUCUUUUAGCUCACAGGUUGUAUUUUUGCAGGGUCUGGGCUGAAAACUUCCGCACUUCAGCAAGAGCAGUUUCAGGGGAUUGGUUGUAUAGCAGAGCAGAUCCAACCCUUGGAAGUUUCCAGUCUGCUUAGGAGCCCGUCUGUCAUGAGUGGUUGGCUGCUUUGCUCUGUAUGAGGGACUGUCUCAUGACUUUAUCUGAUGCCAGGUGAAAAGUAACCCAGAUGGGCAUUUGGGAAUGUGAAGACUACUAAAGGGGGAUGAGGAAAGUGCCUUUCCCAGUGAAAUCCUUGUGCUUCCUUCUUCCUUUCAUGAACAGGAUAGGGAAAGGUUCCAGGCACAGAUGAUGCAAGUAAGUUAGUUCUGAAUAGCUGGGUCCUCAGCAAAGUACUGGGUGAAGCUCUUCAAAAGGUGCACAACUUCUCUUCUGUGGUUUACAUAGCUGGAAUAGCUAAUGUAAAUGAAUUCAGAGACAGAUCUCCUCAGCAAAAUCAGCUAUUCCUGAGUGCAGAAUGUUGUCGUCAGUAAUUUGAGCGAAGUGUGUGGUGUUGGUUGUUCUUUCUUUAAACCAAGCUACUUUAAUAUAUCAGCAAAAGGCUCCUUGUGGCUGCACAGCUUAACCUAAGUGCUUGAAAACCUGACAGUGUGCCAGGACUGAUGCAGCUGCUGGUGAAAGAUCAUUUGCAGAUAUCCUGGUAAAUUAUCCAACAAAAGAAAGCAAAAGGGGGGAGAGGGGGGGAGGGAGGAGGGGGAAAUAAACAAAUCCAGCAACUUGGGAGUGAAUUAUCCUUAGUUUUAUGAAGCAUCUGAAUUACUGCUCAAUGAAUAAUUCAGUAACACUUUCCAGAAGACUGGCAGUUACAUUGUGAUGUUUUGAUAAAGAAAUGCACAUAUUAGCAUAGGCCUGUUAGGUCUGUGUGCACUGAGCAUGUGCAAGAACUGGUAUUACUGAGGUACAAGGGAAACACGGACUUUGUAAAAGGUUGAAUCCAAGUUGAUUUUUCACAUCCUGUUUAUCUGCUGUUUCACAGUAAGUGUGUGUAUAUGCUUUUCCCUAAAAGACACAAUAGUAAGCAUGACAUAAUUAAAAAGUAACAUUAUCUUUCAUUUACAAGAAGGAGGGAGGGGCAGGUAAGAGUGUAUACAUAGAUACUGCCUGCAGAGCUGCUGGCUUGUGGUUACUAGCCUGUACAUCCUUCCUUAGCGUUGGCAGCAGUUAACUCCUGUCCUUUAAAAAAAUACGUUUUUUAGAUCCAUAUAAAAUACUUUCUUAGCCAUGUCUGAGGGCAUCUCUGAGCCCUGUCGCCACAGUCUGCUCUUACGUGCAAGCUGAUCUUUCCAGAUAAGCAUGCAUAGAGUUCAAAUGUAUCUGUCAAUAAGCAGUGGAAAGGAUGUCAUAAUGCAAAGUCUGAUACUGUGAUAAAAAUAUGCAAGUCCUUGAAAACAUGUAUGUGGGAAGGAACUGCUUUAUUCUUAACGUAGCUGCAGAUCUGGCAGCAAUAGUUCAUGAAGAGGUGUGGGAAUUAGCAAAAUAGACCCCCUGCUGCAAGAAUCGCUGAGAGGCUCUACGCUACUGAUGCAAGAGUGCUCAUAAUCCCUUUGGGUAAAGGAAGGUAAAUUAUUUUUCUUUGCUGAUGAAGCACGUUGUGAGGUAAAGCCACAUUUGAGAAGAAGAAGAUGAGCAUUUACUGGAAAUAAAAUCUCUAUGAUCAAAUG